AUAGCGUCAAAUAGGGCAAUCGUCCUUCGGGAGAUUUCCGAUGGCGUCCGAAGGUCGGAGGAGGAGAAGGCGUGAGCAUUCGUCUUCCUCCUCUGCAUUGUUUCCAGUGGAACCGCUCCUAGAUUCGCUGCCGUCCUCGCAGGCAGACUUCACUCGUUUGAUCGUGGUGGUUUCCAUUGCAGCUGCUGUGGCGGUGACUUGUACCUUCAUCGCCUCUACUCUAAAUAAGCCGCGCAGACCCUUCUGCGACAGUGAUAUUACUGAAUUUUAUGAUCCCCUGUCUGAUUCAUGCGAACCCUGUCCGAUAAAUGGCAUAUGUAAUGAGGGCAAGUUGAAGUGUCGAUAUGGAUAUAAGAAGCACGGGAAGCUAUGUAUCGAAGAUAGGGACAUCAAUGAAGGAGUUAAAAAACUUACAAAAUGGAUAGAAGUUGUUGUGUGUGAAGCAUAUGCUCAGUUUCUGUGCAGUGGAACUGGAAAAUGUUGGAUUGCAGAGGAUGAGCUAUGGAAUAAUACCUUGGAUGAGUAUCGCGGACUGGACAAGGACUUUUAUAUGGUUUUAAAAGAAAGAGCCAUGGGAGACAUACAUAAUCUAUUGGAGACGAGGACAAAUGAGCAUGGUACUGACGAGUUCAAGUGUCCAGAGAUGCUUGCAAACCAUUACAAACCACUCUCAUGUGCUGUUCGACACUGGAUUAUCAAGCAUGUCAUACUUGUAGUGUCAUCUUGUGCAUUGUUUGUAGGAUGCAUCCUGAUAUCAUUCAAGGCUUACCGAAGGCAUCAAUUUUCUCUCAGAGUUGAACAGAUUUACCAUGAGGUAUGUGAUAUACUUGAAGAGAAGCCAUUGAUUUCCCGAAGAAGUGGUGAAGGCGAGCCACCCUGGGUGGCUGCAUCCUGGCUGCGGGAUCAUCUGCUCUCUCCCAAGGAAAGGAGGCACCCUUCUCUAUGGAGAAAGGUUGAGGACCUGGUUCAGGAAGAUUCUCGUGUAGAUCAGUACCCAAAGUUAGUGAAGGGUGAAACCAAGGUGGUUUGGGAGUGGCAAGUUGAAGGUUCUCUAGGCUCUUUGGAAAAGAAAAGACGAGGCGAUGGAAGUGCAUCAAAGUUGAAGGAAGCUAUGAAUUCUUCUUCAAACAUUCAGAAGAAGAUGCAGGCUGGUAAAGUCCAGAUUCUUUAGUUUUGCGUGAUAUUCUUUCUGCAACUGCUGUAUGGAAUAUGUUGUAGUGCCCGAUGCCUGUGCUGGGUUGUUCUCAAUCUCUCUGUCGAUGAAGGUGAGCUUUUAAAUCUCAGUGUAAUGAUAAUGCCAACUGAUUGGAAUACAACCCAUCAAACUUCCAGAAAUUCGAACAUUUCAUGUUUUUAGUAAUUUAUAUAAUUUUUUACAUUGUGUUAAAUUCAUUAAGACGCCCUUCAUAAUACUGAUGGUAUAUGUAACAUCAUCCCAUUAAACA